AUGGAGGACGACACCUUGGAAAAGCCAUAUUCAGUCGCCGUCUCGGUCAUUGAAGAUCCGGACCAUGGACUGAGCGAUGAAGAGAAGGCAGCUAUUGACCGCAAACUGCUCUGGAAGCUGGACCUCCGCCUGAUCCCAUGGCUGUCGCUGCUCUAUCUGGCGGCCUUUUUGGACCGGACCAAUGUUGGAAACGCUAAAAUCGAAGGCCUGCAGGAGGCCCUGAACAUGAGCAACAACCAGUACAACUCGUCGCUCACCAUCUUCUUUGUCUCGUACUCUAUCUUUGAGCCGCUGACGAACGUGCUGCUCAAGCGCACCACGCCCAAGUUUUUUAUUUCGGCUAUUAUCAUCGUAUGGGGAAUUUGCAUGACAACAAUGGGCCUCGUCCAUAACUUUUCCGGACUCAUGGCCGCGCGUUGGUUCCUUGGUCUCGCCGAGGCCGGUCUUUUCCCCGGCAUUAGCUAUUAUCUAUCCUGUUGGUACAAGCGCUCCGAGUUUGGCGUGCGCAUGGCCAUUUUCUUCUCGGCUGCCGCGCUCGCCGGAUCCUUUGGUGGACUGCUCGCCGCCGCCAUCUCCAAAAUGGACCAGGUAGGGGGUAAAGCUGGCUGGUCGUGGAUUUUCAUUCUCGAGGGGCUGGCGACUAUUGUCCUGGGUGUCUUGUCUUUCUGGCUUGUUGUCGACUUCCCCGACAAGGCAACUUUUUUGUCCGAGAUAGACCGCAAGCGUUUGCAUCGCCGGCUGGCUCUGGACCAGCAAGCCAGCGCCCAACACGAGGAGUAUAAGACGUCGUAUCUCUGGGCGAGCUUGAGGGACUGGAAGACCUAUCUCGGCGCGAUUGGCUACUCAUCAACCCACGCACAGUUACUUACAGUCCCGCCCUACGCCGUGGCCGCAGUGCUGACCGUCGCCAUCGGCUACAUUGCCGAUCGUACGCGCGCGAGGGGUCUCUGCAAUAUCAUAAUGUCCAUAAUCGGCGUCGUUGGGUUUGCCAUGCUGAUUGGUGCCAAAACUCCAGGCGUGCGCUAUGCCGGCACGUUCCUGGGUGCCAUGGGUAUAUACCCGUGCAUUGCCAAUACGAUUUCGUGGACGAGCAACAAUGUCGAAGGUGUCUACAAACGCGGUGUCACGCUGGGCAUCGUGAUUGGAUGGGGUAACCUCAAUGGCAUCGUUUCGUCCAACAUCUACCGCACCAAGGACGGGCCCAGCUUCUUUCCGGGCCACGGCACUGUGCUAGCGUAUCUGGCGGUUUUCCUUUUAGGUGGCUCGGUCCUGCAGACGGUGCUGCUCCGGAUCGAGAAUAAGAAGCGCCGGAAUGGAGAGCGCGAUGACCGUGUGGAGGGACUGAGUGCGCAGGAGAUUACUGAACUGGGAGACCAGCGGCCGGAUUUUACGUACACGACGUAG